CAUUCAGAAGUCAAGCGCGCGCUAAUCGCCGCGUCUCGUUCGUGUGGGCCAGAAAGCGAUUGCAACAGCAGUCAAGUCAGUAGCAGCAGCCAUCGCCAUCGGUUUUACAAAGUUCUUUGGCAACACAAUUUGUGAAAUAGUUCGGGCCCGUGCAAUUUCUGUGUGCCGUUGUGGUUUUUGCAGUUUUCAGCUUGGCAGCUUUACAGUUUCCAGUGAUUUACCAACCGAUCCCCCCCAAGCCGAGAGCCAGGCCCGGCCAGCCAGCCGAUCGUUGCGGAUUUUUCAAGUUGGAUUGCUCGAUAACCUGAAUUAGCGCCGAAUUCCCAACACCGGAGCUGACCAGGUCGGACGCAUUCCGCGACUCCUGAGGGGCAAGACUUGAACCACCAAUACCAAUUGUACAAUCAGCAACUAGCACUGCAUCCUGCAAGGAUAGAAGGAUUCCACUGUCGCGAACGAACAGCAAACACUACACAGCAACACAAUGGCCUUAAUUAUGAAAUACAUCGACAGCAUAAGCAGAUACAUUGACUCACAUGGUGACUCCAGGACAAAGGACUGGCCCAUGAUGUCGUCCCCGUUCCCCACACUGGCCGUAUGCCUCACAUACGUCUACCUGGUCAAGGUAGUGGGACCUCGAUGGAUGGAGAACAGGAAGCCGCUGCACCUGCAGAACACACUAGUCAUGUACAAUGCCAUACAGGUUGUAUUCAGCGCGUGGCUCUUCUACGAGAUAGGCAUUUCCGGUUGGCUAACUGGACAUUAUAGCUUCCGAUGUCAGCCAGUCGACUAUAGUAAUAAUCCUAGAACGUUAAGGAUGGUUCAUGCGUGCUGGUGGUACUACUUCUCCAAGUUCACCGAGUUCAUGGAUACGAUUUUCUUCGUGUUGCGCAAGAAGACCAGCCAGGUUACCACGCUGCACGUCAUCCAUCACGGCUGCAUGCCCAUGUCCGUCUGGUUCGGCGUCAAGUUCACCCCGGGUGGCCACAGCACCUUCUUCGGCCUGCUCAACACAUUCGUUCACAUCGUGAUGUACACCUACUACAUGUUCUCGGCCAUGGGCCCCCAGUACCAGAAGUACCUCUGGUGGAAGAAGUACCUGACCACGCUUCAGAUGGUCCAGUUCAUCCUGAUCAUGGUGCACGCCUUCCAGCUGCUCUUCAUCGACUGCAACUACCCCAAGGCGUUUGUCUGGUGGAUCGGCAUGCAUGCCGUCAUGUUCUUCUUCCUGUUCAAUGAGUUCUACAAGGCAGCCUACAGGAGCCGCAUGAUGAAAAAGAACGGAGCGAUAGCGGCGGCCAAUGGACAUGCCAAGCCAAACGGAUACUGCAAGAGCAUCAAUGCCCACGAUGACUUGGCCAUGCCGCAGACCACGGAGGCCACUGCAUCCGCGACGCCUGUGUCGAAGGCCAACGGAAGCACUUUGACCAAUGGUCAUGCGAAUGGAACGGCCAAUGGCUACAAGCAGCUGGCCAACGGCAAUGCUGCCACGAUGACGACAGCUGCCAACGGCAGUGCGCACAAGGGCUCGAACGGCGGUCUUCUGGCGAACGGAUACGCCACCAAGCUGCUGGACGAUGCCUCGCACGAGCUGAAACAAAGGAAGACGCCGAAAUAAUAUCGGGGCAAAGCGGGGCGGCGCCAGCACAGAGCUUAGGACACGACGGCAGCGCCAGGAGCCUCCUGGGAGAGGCCGGAGCUCCAAGAGUCAUUUCCACAGGCAUACUCCACCACACACACACACACACUUCACUCGAACCAUUCACCACUCUCCACAUCGCAGACCAUCCAUCACACCAAAUUCCAUGCAAGGACACACGCGUCAGAGGGCAGGACUUGGCUGCCGAAAUCCGAAAGAGGCCAGCCCACUGACCGAAUCCAUUCACGCGGACAUACAGAUAUACAUAUGCUAAUAGUAUGCUCACCUGCAUACCUAUUGCCGCAUAUGCAAAUGUAUAGGCAUUGCGAAUGCACAUGCGCCCAUUCAUCGCUUACGUACUAUAUAAUAAAUAUGUUUUGUUGCUUCUUUUUCUUUAAACUACUUUAGUUGUACAAAGCUUACCUAUUCUAAGUGCCCCGAGCGGAUUGUAUAAACAGAAAAAAGAAAGAACCUAAACCGGCAGGAGCAAGAAACAUAAUUCAACUAAAUGGAAACAUAAACGGAAGCCCAGCAUAAACAGAUUUAACAACUAAAGCUAAUGUUGCUUACACUCGGUUUGUGUGUGAGCAUGGAAUUCAACUAUUUAAGUCUAGAGUUUAAUUUAUACAUACAUAUAUUCUUAAAAUAUAUAUAUACAGAAGCCGGCAAGUUUUGUAAAUGUAUAGAGCAAAAACAAAUGUAAUUUAAAAUUAGGCACAAUAAUUGUUAACAGAAAAACAAAAUAUAAAAGUCAAGCAAAAAUAGUGAAGAGCUAUUUUACGUUAAACAGAAGAAAAAGUAAAAACCACAAGCGAAAGUAUUCGACAAAUUUUGUGCAACGUUUCAAACUAUACAAAGAUAAACAACAAGAAUUCACAGGCUAUCAAAAUACCCAUAUAAUGUUUCAUUAAUUUAUUAUAAAUAAAUUAUGCCGCUAAACUAAAACCGAGAAAAAGGCUCGAGAUGGGUGAGUUCCUCAUCUCUAGCUAAAUAUUUAAAAACGGUGCAAGCCCCCAAAAACAAAAACAAAUCCAAGCAUCCACACAACAUGAAUAUUAAUUCAAACAAAAUACAAAAAUACAAAUAGGCGUAAACGUAAGAUCGAUCCACUUGAAACCGAGCAUUAAAAUCAGCAAAUUGUUGGAAUCAAAAAACAAAAUAGACUGUAAGUCCCCACACUCUAGGUUCUAUAGGUAUGCAAUUGCAAUACGUUUUGUAUGCGUAAUAGCCAUUUUUGUGGAGCAGCAUGUAAACAUUACCUAUGUAAUUAUUAUUAUACAAAUACAAAAAAAAAAACAACAAAACAAAAUCAUGUGUAGAAAAUUAGGUGAAAAUGGAGUGGAGCAUUUUUUCAAUAAAAACACUAAACAAAA